CGGACGCUUUGGUUCCGAUUCGGCCAUGGUGGACGCUUCCGAAGCGACAAAAACGUAGUGGUGUUACAACAAACGCGACCGGAUGAUAGGGUGACCCCAGCAUGAUCCACGAACCCAUCCACGUGCUGGGAGCCGGAUCCAUCGGUGUCUUGUGGACGGCGUCCAUUCGAUCGAGGUUUCCCUCGUAUCCAAUCGCGCUGCUGCUGAGAGACCACGAGCGAAACCGAAACCGGGUGUCGGCGGCGGCCGGGGCGGCGAACGAUGGCGGUUGCGGCGACAGCGACAACGACGGCAACACCCUUCGGACCGGUCCGGUGCCGAUUCGCCAUUCCCACGAGCUCGAGGUGGCGUGGAACAACCGGCAGGCGCCGGGAGGCAAGGAGCGCCUGUUCCUCCCCGUGCAGUUCCUCGGGGACGGCGGCGACGCCCCACCGCAAGGGCCAAAGCCCGAGCGGAUCCGGACGCUCCUCGUGGCGACCAAGGCCCACCAGGCGAGGAAGGCGGUGGAGAGCGUCCUCGACCGGUUGGUCGUUCCCCCCGCCGAGCCCCAAAGCGGCGAUCCCCCGCCGCCAGAGGCGGCGGCCCCCGCCCGGAUCGUUCUCUUGUGCAACGGGGCCCUUUCGGUCCGCGACGAGCUCGCCGAUCUCCUGCCCGGGGCCGCGGACGGCAGCGGUGCGGUGCGCCUCUCCCUGGCAACGACCACCCACGGGGCCUUUUUCGCGGGACCGAACGAGCUCGUCCACGCGGGGGUCGGAACGACCUUUCUAGAGGACCCGCCCGGAGCAACCGAAACCACCGAACGCACCGUCCGGGCCUGGAACGAGGCGGGGCUCCGGUGCCAGGCGCUCUCCCCGCGGGAAAUGAACGCCGUCCUGUGGAACAAGCUGGCCGCCAACUGCGUCAUCAACCCGCUGACCUCCAUCUUUCGGUGCACGAACGGGGAGCUCUUGAUGGAACCGUCCUUUCCUCAACUGCGGGAAGAAAUCCUGGCGGAGGUCGCCUUUGUCGCAGCGAAAGCGGGGACCACCGGGGCAAACGGAAGCGACGAGACCCUCCGGCACGGAUCGGAUUUUCCCACGGAAGCGAAGGCAAAGGCGACGGGCGGCAGCAGCAGCAGCGAGGACGACGACAACCGCGGAAUCCCCUCGGUCGACGAGAUGCGAACCUUUGUGACCGAAACGAUCCUGGCGACCCAGCACAACAGGUCGUCCAUGUACCAAGACAUCCACGGGGGAAACGCACAGCCAACGGAGAUCGACCACCUGAACGGCUACGUGGUGCGAAAGGGGCGCAAGACGGGGAUCGAAUGCCCGGCGAACGAAGACCUCUGCGCCCGCAUCGCAGCACUGACCGCGGGCACGGACGGCAGCCCUUGCAGCGAAACCAGCGGGAGCGGUUCUGCGGGUGGGUGACGGACGGGCGCUGUUCGCGGUGCGGUGCGGUGUACCCGAGUCGGGGAAACGGCGCUGUCGGAUGGGGGGGUCGGUUGUGGUCGGAAGGCGGGGCGAGGCGAGCCGAAGAGACGAGACCAACGGCAGACAAACGCGCGGACGACAGACUCCCGUCCUCUGUUCUGGUUCCGUUCCGUCUCAUUGUUUUGUCGGCGACGCUCCACAAACCCAUCGAUCGGAUGGAAUCGAACCUUGCGAACCACUCUCUCGGUUUGGAUCRUCGCAUCGUUUCCAUCCAGCGAUGCCGGAACAAACACGGGUUGCGAGAGCUCUUCUUGGAUCGUCGAUAGACUUCUUCGAACCAGCGUUCCGGUGMACGGAACCCGUUGCAUCGUCUUGUAGCCAGGAAGGAAUGCACAAAUUCUAGUGGAUGCGGUGCUUCUCGUUCCGUCAUGCAACGUACCGUACGGUACCAAACAGUUGUUGGACCGGUAUUGCUUCCGAGAGGGUGGAGUAUGGUACAUCGGGGGUCGCACCUAUUACGUAUUCAUCGUAGAGUAUGAUACAUACAUAGUAUACGUAUGAUUUAAUAUCUGCUUGUAAUACCGUACAUACCGUACGAGUAGUACUUUACCGUACCCCGGCCCGAACUAUUUUCUCAAACGUGCUUGUUUGCAUCAUGAAAGCCACGUGGAACGAACCGUCAUCACUCUUGUGGAAAAUUACGUAAUUUUUCCUUCGAACUCCGUUGGUUUUCGUGCCAUACCGUACGUACGGUACAUGGAUACCGUAAACAAGAACAAGAACCCGUCGUCUCGGGAGGAAGAUUUGCGAGUCGAGGGCAGGACUUGGCCACCCCGGGGGCAGAUUGCGUGAAGCCCCGGCCGACAACACCCUUCGAAACCCUCUCGGUCGACCACCCCACACAUUUUCGAAAAGCGCCACUGUGACCACAUCACCAUAUCGAUCCAACCAUGAAGUUUUCCAUUGUUUCCACUUUCUUUUCUUUCUCGGCACUGGCUGUGUCGGUGAGUCAAUAAGGGUCAAAUGAUCGACUUCGUCGUGUUUGCUUAGUCGUCGUUGUCGUCGUUGUCGCUGUCGUAUGAAGGUUCAGCAGCAUUCCUUCCUUUUGCGUUUUGAAAUACUUCGCUGACCGAAUCCGAAUUCUUUCGAUCGCCUUCGACCGCAUUUCAUAAAUCGCAUUGUUCUUGGGAGCAGUCUGUCAGUGGACAAGCCUUCACUAACAAG